AUGGCAUCACCGGAGUCGUCUCCAAGCUUGAACCUAGUGCAACAAGGAGCAGCGGCUAUGAGGUGGGUGGCUAAGCUAGGCGAGUUUGUGCAACGACGGGCAGCUUAUGUGACGCAGUCCCGUCCAGGGGAACACACCACGGUGAUGCAGGAGCAGACGACUUGGUCUCCGACGGCGCGAGCUGGCGUACAGGCCGAGACAGAGCCCCUUUUUGAUCGGGCCCAGGCGAGGCGUUUACACGAGCUUACAGCUGGGGCACCCCAGUUGUACGGGGCGGUGUCUCAAGGAGGAGGUUCAGACUCAUCGGCAUCUUACACCAGAGACCAGUUGGAGCAAGAAGUCCGUCGUCAAGUGGAACAGGCUAUGGAACGUCAGAAGGAAGUAAUGCAUGAGAACCAGCAGUUGCGACUGGAACUGGAGCGGCUUCGCAAGGAGGUCGGGGAAGUGCUGGGGGCCCAAGCGGGCACGAUCAACGGCGUUUCGAAGGCAAUCCAGCAGGACUUUCAGGACACGACCGUGAGCAAGGGGGUCAUGUUUUUCAGCAAGCACCUUAUAAUGUACCCGAAGGAAAUCCAGGAGGACCGCGAGGAAAUCUUGGUGUACUUCGUGGACAUGGCGAGGGUGAUGGAGGUGAACGGCCUUC